CAAGCGCCCACAACUUAAGUCUCUUAUUUCUUACCAUGAUCUGCUCGCGUACCGUAUUUCGAUGCUUUAAAACUCUGGAGCGACUGGGCGACCGUGUGACUGGCGCAGCUGGCCCGUUGUUUGUGGCAUUGGCUGUGAUAUUGAUGAGCAUUGGAACCGUGGCUUUCUUCGACGUAAUAUCGCCUAGCCUCCCUCUCCCUCUUCUUACGAUACCUCCGUGCGUCCUUGUGGCGGUCAACAUGUGGACACACUACUGGUGGGUAUGUACAGUCCCGCCUGGCUUCGUCGAUGGCGAUGUUUCCCCAAUACGAGGACUCUGGGCAGCCAAAAGGAAACGCGUAGGCGUCAAUGCAAGGACAACUAAGGCGGGGCUGACGAAAUGUAGCAAAUGUGCCAUGAUGAGACCAGAGCGCGCCCAUCAUUGCCGUAUAUGCAACAAAUGCGUACUAAAGUACGACCAUCAUUGUCCUGUGCGGAUCAAUCAAUGCGUAGGCCUCCAUAACGAGCGCCAUUUCGUCAUGUUCAUGGCUUACCUCGUUAUCGCCACGUUCGCUUUCGUUCUGUUCGGAUAUCCACAGCUCUUGGUCGCACUUGGUCUGGGCAUGCACGUUUCCUGGCGUUAUAGAGUGUCGUUGACAUUGUAUCUCCUCAUCUACAUCCUCUCCGCUGUACUUUGUCUCGCUGUGGGUAUCAUGUGUGCGUGGCACCUAACCGCCAUAUCCGCUGCCGAGACAUCUGUUGAGUCGCAAGAUUAUGAGGUGUACAAACGCGUCGCACGGAACCGGGGAGAUGUUUUCGUUAACAGUUAUGAUUUGGGUCGACGGAAAAACCUACAGCUCUUCUUUAAUCUCGAAGAAUAUCCCCUGUAUACGCUCAUUAUUCCUUUGAGGCUCCAACCGUAUACUGACGGUCGUUGGUGGGCACGAAAAGAUGGGUACGACGAGCAUGGUGGUAUUAGGAGAGGCGAGGAGUUGACCGACGACGACGACGACGAGUAAAUGUUAGAAUUAGUGGCAUGAUAUUGCUAUCGAUCAUACUUUUAUUGAAUUUGGACAAUGCAUUUGGGUAAUUUAUUCGCAACUGGAAAAUCUUGGUUUGUUAUGAAGGCAAAAAUGUCACAUUCUAAUGACUACUAUGAGGUAAACACUCUUGAAAUAGCAAGUUCGUGGAUUGGAGAGAAAAUUGUCCUGAAUACUUACACCGCCUGUCUCAUCCUCCACUGUGUUUCUCUGGAAGGCAUUUUGAAUAGGUUCCCAUAACUGAGAGUGCCUUGGGCUGGCAAAGAAAAAAAAUACAGAGGAGAAAGAAAUUGUGGCGAGCAAUGGAGGACAUCUAGAUGACUUUUCUCGACAGUGCCUGGUCUUAUCUCGUAUUUUGAUGAUCUAAUCUUCAACUUAAAUUUGGCAAUUCUGCCGCUUUGUCAGACACUAGAUU